AUGAAGAGCCCGAUCAAGAUCAGACUUGCCCGGUUUGGCAGAAAGCACAGUCCCGUAUACAACAUCGUGGUUGCCAACCGCGGUAAGGCUCGUGACGCUUUGCCCAUCGAGGUGUUGGGUACCUACAACCCCAUCGCGACUCCGUUGACUCCCGUGGAGAAGGCCCGUGGCGUGAAGCCGUUCAAGGAUAUCACCUUAGACUUUGACCGGUCCAAGUACUGGCUCGGUGUGGGUGCCGAUGUCCUGGACCGGGUGGGGUUCUUAUUUAAGCGGGCUGGCCUCCUCCCAGAAGAGUGGCCUGCUCCUUCUAAGUUGACUCAGCACAUCAGCAAGCCGGUGGUGAAGCCGAUCCUGGAGAAGAAAGAAGAGCCGCGGGAGUUGUACCGCAAGCGUUGA